CGCAGACUCGGAAUAAACUGCACAUUAACUUCCGCACUUUCUCUCACUACCCCCACACACUUCCUUGCUCUAAAUUCUCUCUCUAACUGGAAAUGGCCACCUCACUCGCCGCCGGCGUCCCGGACAACCUCACGCGAGAGCAGUACGUCUACAUGGCGAAGCUAGCGGAGCAAGCUGAACGCUACGAGGAGAUGGUACAGUUCAUGGACAAGCUAGUUCUCAGCGCCACCCCUAGCGCCGAACUCACGGUGGAGGAGCGCAACCUGCUGUCGGUGGCGUACAAGAACGUGAUCGGCUCCCUCCGCGCCGCGUGGAGGAUCGUUUCGUCGAUUGAGCAGAAGGAAGAAUCCAGGAAGAACGAAGACCACGUUGUUUUGGUCAAGGAGUACAGAUCUAAGGUUGAGAAUGAGCUGAGUCAAAUUUGUGCCGGGAUUUUGAAGCUUCUGGACUCAAAUCUGGUGCCUUCCGCUUCCUCUAGUGAGUCUAAGGUUUUUUACUUGAAGAUGAAGGGGGAUUAUCAUCGCUACUUGGCCGAGUUUAAGGUUGGAGAUGAGCGUAAGGAGGCUGCUGAUGAUACUAUGAAUGCUUACAAGGCUGCUCAGGAAAUUGCACUGGCAGAUCUUCCCCCCACUCAUCCUAUUAGGCUGGGGCUAGCACUCAAUUUCUCAGUGUUCUACUAUGAAAUUCUUAACUCAUCAGACAAAGCUUGUAGUAUGGCGAAACAGGCAUUUGAGGAAGCCAUAGCUGAGCUGGACACGUUGGGUGAAGAAUCUUACAAGGACAGCACCCUGAUCAUGCAACUACUGAGGGAUAACCUAACUCUCUGGACGUCAGAUGCUCAGGAUCAGUUGGAUGAGCCCUGAUCUUUAUGCAACAGUUGGUCAACCUCCCCUCAAGGAGGUGGGCUUCAAGUGUCAUUUGUUUGUGCUGACUAAUGGAGUGUUGUCUAAGAAGCAGGGUGUCAAGCUGUGACAUGAUAUCUUUUAAUUCAGACCAAUCCUAGUUGAUUAUAGAAUGAUUUGUGAUGGAACUAAUGCCAGUGAUAGUUGCCAAUACUGCUGCUGUCUUUAAAUUUUUUGGGGUCAGUCUUGGCUCUUGCAUGUCUUCCUUUGGCUUCUACCGUUUUGCUAUACAAAUAUCAUCAGGUGGUUGAUGGAACCGAAUGCACACGACUAAAGUAGUCUGCAGUUUGAUGGAACUGAAUGAACCCUGCAAUUAGGUUGAGCUUGGCAUCCAGAUUUAACAUAUCAUCAUCCCUAGGAUCUUUUGUUUAUCAGUUAACACGUAGUGAUCAAGAGCCACCCGGCAUUUGCUUUCC